AAGGGACGAUUGUGUAUUGUGUAGGUUGCUAAAUGGCUUGUCACAUACUCAAAUGACGAAGCUAUCCCUGACACCUUUCUGUUCUCUCUCAUUUACCAUCUUACUCAAGCUCCAGAGUUCUGAGUAGGUCGCAAAUUUCAUAUUCCAAAUUUCGCUGAGGCAUUAGUAGACCUUUGCCCAAGAUGGGUUUCUACAGCGCGUGCAAGACGUUCAUCGUCUACACCGUUACGUUCUUCUCGCUGCCAUUUCACGAGCAUAUCGGAGGUGACUCUGAGCAACCUGUCUUAUCUUUCGAAAAUGGCCAGAUCUCACAAAACUAUCCGAAGUUCCCAGCACCAAAUGGCCCCGACUCACCUGAUGAAGACUUCACUUGCAAGUAUCCCGAGCUUGGAAAUGACUGGAAACCAUGCUCUACCCCGGAAAACCGACACUGCUGGCUGAAGAGCUCUGAUGGACAUAAUUUCAGUAUUCAUACUGACUAUGAGACUAUGUAUCCGCCUGGGGUGCUUCGAGAGUAUUGGCUUGUGGUUGACAACAAGACUAUCAACGGCGACGGCAUCGACAACCCGUAUGGAAAGGUCUUCAACCAAACCUACCCCGGUCCAUGGAUCAAAGCCUGCUGGGGUGAUCUCAUCAGAGUUCACGUCACAAAUAAACUGCGAUAUAACGGCACUACAAUCCAUUGGCAUGGUAUCAGGCAGAACGGAACUAUGGAGAUGGAUGGAGUCAACGGCGUCACUCAAUGUCCCAUUGCCCCAAAUGAUACCUUCACAUAUGAGUUUCGCGCCCUUCAGUAUGGUUCUUCUUGGUAUCAUAGUCACUACUCUCUACAAUACGCCGACGGUCUUGCAGGACCUAUAACUAUUUUUGGGCCGUCAUCAGCUCACUAUGAUGAAGCGAAGGAUCCUAUUCUUAUCACCGAUUGGAACCAUCGAAGUGCCUUUCAGGAGUGGGAGAGAGAACUGACCGGUGUCCCUACCAGGCCUCAGAUGAAUAGCAUAUUGAUGAAUGGAAUUGGAAACUUUGCCGGCAGCUUUCCGCGCGAACGUUACAACAUGACCGUAACCAAGGGCAAGAAAUAUCUCCUUCGUAUCAUCAACACAUCUGUCGAUACCACAUUCCUUUUCAGUAUCGACAAUCACCACUUUGAGGUCAUGAGCUCCGACUUUGUACCCAUUCACCCCUAUACAGUAGACCAUAUCCUCGUCGGAAUCGGCCAAAGAUAUCAUGUCGUUCUUCAUGCCAACCCUAGAAACGACACCAAAUUUCCCGCGUCAGAUAAUGGAAACUAUUGGAUCCGCACAGUUCCCGCAGAUGGUUGCAAGGGUUUUGAAGAUGGUAACGAGCCUGAUGAACGGCAAGGUAUUCUUAGAUAUGAACCUGUGAGCACAGAGGUACCUCAGACCUGGAGAGGCCCGUGGAACAAGACUUGCAGUGAUGAGAAGUAUGAGAACUUGAAGCCUGUCCUGCCAUGGUCGAUCCCCCCUGUUGAACUCUAUAGUAGAGACAAAAGCAAGGAUCUAAAACUUGGCCUGCAGCAGGAGAAGAAUAGGCCUCAUCUGGGAGAUAAGUUCAGCUGGUGGGCUUUCGGCGCACAGCCUCUCUGGCUCAACUUCUCGGAGCCUACUAUCACUUUACUUGACGAAAAGAAAGAAUGGCCUGGCGAUUAUGUCAUUGUUCCAGCAGAGAACAGAGGCGGAUGGGUCUACCUUGUCAUCACGGCUCCAGCAACUAAGGAGCUUGGGAAUAACAGGACAUUCAUCUCGCUUGCUCACCCACUUCAUCUUCAUGGCCAUGACUUUGCUCUUCUCGCUCAAGGUUCAGACUCUUCGCAGAUUGAUGACCCAGAUAACCCCAUCACACUCAAAUUCGACAACCCGCCUCGCCGAGACGUAGCACUGAUCCCGGCUGGAGGCUACCUCAUAGUCGCCUUCAAGGCUGAUAAUCCUGGCUCUUGGUUGUUCCACUGCCAUAUUGCCUGGCAUGCUUCAAGUGGGUUGGCAUUGCAGAUCAUGGAGCGUGAAGAAGAUCUGAGGAAGAUGAUGACUCCGAAGAAAUUAAAGCAGGUCAAUGACGGCUGUAAGAAGUGGAAAGAUUGGUAUGGCGACCGGAAGAAUCACUGGAACCCUGUCGGCAUAUUCCAGGACGAUUCUGGUGUUUGAUCUACGGGGCUUAUGCUUGGGUUAUCACUUGAGCUUUCUGUUCACUGGUACCUGAAUCUUCUACGGGCGCAGGAUCAUGUUUCCGGAUCCAAGGUUGAGUUCUCAAGACGUCUGAUGUAGUUAGGGGUAUAUUAUGGGGAUGGUGGAUAGCCUCAUUGAUGCAGGUAUUAUUGAACCUGAAAGGGCGGUGCUGUUUGUAAAGAGCAUGGGACUUUCACUAAGUAGAUUAUAAGGGAUGAUAGAUUCCAUCCUACGUUUGACAAACAGACUAAAAGGAUGCCUGAUUCAGAUUUCAUCUGACCUCAUUGCAUCCUCUUAAUCAGAUGAAAUCGGCCAUUGAUUUCAAAUAAUGACUUGUAG